GCUCCACACAACCUGAGCUAAAUCGCGCGCGUCCUCCAACCCAUAUGCCAAUGUUUUGCCGAUAAUAUCAACAACACAAUCAUUACAAUAACGAUAAAAAAACCGAAAAAAUAACGUCAACGCGAAUACUCACUCGAAAUUAAUCGAUAGCCCAAGUGAUUUCGAAAUGAUUUUAAUGAGUUGUGUGGUCAGGUUAUUUGAUAUUUGACAUUUUUAUCAGUGAAUUCACUUGUGAGCUGUUUAUUUAUUUAUUAGUCUCGAGUUAUUGUUGGGUGGGGGUGGAGAACAGCUGGUGCGCGUGUGGGGGAGGGAAUUGUUUUAUGGAAUAAAGAGGGGGGCGUGCCUGACAGUUCGCACACCGCGUGACUCAUAGACGGUUUCAUUUUUUUUUUUUUAAUUGGUUUUUGGAGUUUUUGGUUUUUACGGGUAUAUUGCGAGGGGAUGAGCUGUGGUCCUUAUGGGCCUGGGGACUUCUCGGGUUGUGACGGCAUUCCUACAGGUGCCUCGGACCCAUCUCUGUUGCAUUGCCAUUUUUGAGGUUAUCGAGGCUUCCAGGGGACGACCUUGACGCGCACCUGUGGGAUGGGGUAUGGGAUAACGCAGUGUUUAUCGAGCUGCAUUUACUGACGAGGUGAAAGGAUAAAAAUGGAGGCCUGCAAGAGCACGUGAUCCAACUAAAAAAAAAAAGUAAAAACCGAGAGGAUGAUGAUAAUGACAAUGAUUAUGUAGUGUAAUCGUAAUCUGCGGAUGAUAAAGAGCCGAAGGCGAUUGGGAAUUCAAGUGUGCCAUAAUCGUAUACACGAGGGGAUUUAACACCGAAAUAUCAGAAUAUAAAAUGAAUGACGGAAUGCCAAAAUUCCCUGUGUAGCCAUAUCUAUCGCGUAAAAAAAUUAAUUAGAAUCCGUUAAUAAAACUGGGAGAUUAACAAUUAGGAGGUUAAAUACAGCGAUUGAAGUGAUUGAAUCCUGGGGAUUUGACGGUUUUAGGAAGUGAACGAGGAAACCAUUGAUUUGGACUUGAUUUAAAUUGUCUGGAACAGCUGCACCCUCGGGUGUUGUGUUAGUUAUGCAAAAGUGACAGUUGAUUAAGGUGUUUGGAUAGAAUCGUGAGUGUUAUUUUUAUUGAUUGGUUAUCAAGAUGUCAACUCAGGCUUAUUACAAGGAAAGAUUGGGUUUUGAUCCUGCUGAUACUGUUGCUGAACAUCAGCGAGAACAGAGGACUCAGCAUGGGUAUGAGGAAUCCCUCACCAAGUUCAAAGAUGAACGCGACGCCAUCCAGAAGAAGACCUUCACCAAAUGGGUUAACAAACACCUGAAGAAG